AGUCAGGCAGGGUCCAGACGCUACGUGCGGGACCCCGGGACAUAAAGUUAUGUUCUUAGCCUCAGCUCCGACUUGCUCCUGAAGGACCCUGUGACCAUCGGGAUAGUAGAGUCCUCCUUGUCUAUGACAUGCAGUUAUCACAGCAGUUGGACCUGUUUCCUGAAUGCAGAGUGACCCUUCUGUUAUUUAAAGAUGUAAAAAAUGCAGGAGACCUGAGAAAAAAGGCCAUGGAAGGAUCUAUCAAUGGGUCGUUGAUAAACCCUAGUGUGAUUGUCGACCCAUUUCAGAUACUUGUGGCCGCGAACAAAGCCGUUCAUCUGCACAAACUGGGAAAAAUGAAGACAAGAACUCUGUCUACUGAAAUUAUCUUCAACCUCUCCCCAAAUAAUAACAUUUCAGAGGCUUUGAAGAAAUUCGGUACCUCAGAAAGUGACACUUCCGUUCUGAUCGUUUACAUUGAAGAGGAAGGAAAACAGAUACACCAAGAACACCUGAUAUCUCAAGUGGAAGGCCAGCAGGUGCCUUUGGAAAGCCUUCCAGAAAUAACAAAGCUCGCAGAAGUCAAAAAGAUAUAUAAACUGUCAUCACAAGAAGAGAGUAUUGGGACGUUAUUGGAUGGUAUCAUUUGUAGAAUGUCAACAAAGGAUAUUUUAUAAGUUGCCUAAAGUAUCAACAGAAAAUCUCAAAGUUAAUCACUAACUGUUGUUUCCUGGUUAUAAAAUGAACAUACUCAUCGCUGGAAAAGGGAAAAA